AUGCUAAACGAAGAGGAGCGGAAACUUGCAUUAACACGCAUCGACGCCGAUCGAAGACUAGAAACCCGCGGUCGAAAAGACAAAACUUCAUGGAAACUCGUGCGCAGAGCAAUCAAUUUCAAUACGACGCUUUCCGCCGUUUGCUUCUUGCUCCUUAAUAUCACAUUUGGUGGUCUUAGCAUUUUUAUGCCAACCGUGAUAGCUAGUCUUGGGAGGUAUAGUGAGUAUUGA